GGCCCUGACAGCGAGGGCACGGGGCGCCACUGGCAGGCCUGGGUGAGCCAUGUUGCCCCAGCCGCCACUCCUGCUUCUCUUACUGCUGGCCCUGAAGAGUGGGCACGGCUGCUCCGGGCCAGAGCUGGACCGGGAAGUUGUCCUGGCCAAGGUGAGGGCCCUGUUCUUGGAUGCUUUGGGGCCUCCGGCAGUGACCGAGGAAAGUGGGGACCCUGGAGCCAGGCGUCUGCCCCGAAGACAUGCCCCGGGGGGCUUCAUACGCAGGGGCGCUCAGCCCAGGGAGGAGGAAGAUGUCUCCCAGGCCAUCCUUUUCCCGACUGCAGGUGCCAGCUGUGAGGCGGAGCCGGCUGCCGGGGAGCUGACCCAGGAGGCCGAGGAGGGCCUCUUCACCUACGUGUUCCAGCCGUCCAGGCACACGCGCAGCCGCCAGGUGACGUCGGCCGACCUGUGGUUCCACACCGGGCUGGACAGGCAGGGCAGGGCAGCCUCCAACAGCUCUGGACCCCUGCUAAGCCUGCUGGCACUGUCAUCAGGGGUCCCCCUGGCCGUGCCCGUGUCGCUGGGCCAGGCGCCCUCUCGCUGGGCCGUGCUGCACCUGGCCGCCUCCGCCCUCCCUCUGCUCACCAACCCUGUCCUGGUGCUGCAGCUGCGUUGCCCUCUCUGCUCCUGCUCAGCCCGGCCUGAGGCCACACCCUUCCUGGUGGCCCACACGCGGGCCAGGCCGCCGGGCGGCGGAGGGGAGAGAACCCGCCGCUCCACUCCCCCGCUGCCCUGGCCUUGGUCUCCGGCCGCGCUGCGCCUGCUCCAGAGAUCUCCAGAGGAACCCGCUGCCCAUGCUGACUGUCACCGAGCGGCCCUCAACAUCUCCUUCCAGGAGCUGGGCUGGGACCGGUGGAUCGUGCACCCUCCCAGUUUCAUCUUCCACUAUUGUCACGGUGGCUGUGGGCUGACGACCCCACCAGACCUGCCCCUGCCGGCCCUGGGGGCUCCUCCGACCCCCGCCCGGCCCCUUUCUUUGGUGCCAGGGGCCCAGCCCUGCUGUGCUGCCCUCCCUGGGACCAUGAGGCCCCUACGUGUCCGCACCACCUCAGAUGGCGGUUACUCUUUUAAGUAUGAGACCGUGCCCAACCUUCUCACGCAACACUGUGCUUGCAUCUGAGGGAGCCCCGCUGGUGGCCGAGCCCCUGCCGUCAGCAGCUGGAAGGAAGAGCAGAGUUCAGAAAUUAGAUGGUUCUCACUUUCCCCCUCCUUCCAUGUGUCUCUGCCUGAGGGCUCCCCUCCCCCAUCUGACCCUGUCCCAUGGGUAACGUGACAAUAAACAACAUAGUGCAUAUGA